AUGUCACGCAAGUCUCUGUUUCUUUUGACCGAUUUUCUGUGUUUUAUUGCUUUAAGUGAAAAACUGUUCAAUAUUAACCCAUUGAAUAAUAAUAAUGGUGACUGGAAGACGUAUCGUUUUCAGGACAAUGCUGAAAAAUACAAGAUAUUUACCGCUUGUAUCAAUGAAUUUAAACAUACUAUUGUGAAUAGUCGACUUCAUGAGAUAAAUACUAUAAAUGAUUUAAUUGAAUAUUUUUUAACACCUGUAGAUACAUUAGAUUUUUUAUCUAAAUUAAAAAGUGAUUUACAAAAUGAUCAUAAUGGUAAACUACCGCCUAAUUUAAAUAUACAAGUUGAACCAAUACGUUAUAAUCCGAAUGAAGAUGAUUUUUUUAAAGUGAAUGCUUAUCCUGGACGAUCAACAAUUGUCAGUAAUUUAGCUGCAUGUAAAAAGUUUUCAAGUUAUCGAGUUAGUCGUACAAAACGUUUACGAGUUGAAUAUGAAGAUAUGUAG